AUGUCGCUCGCCUCUUUUGGGAAUCGGAGGGCCCGCGCUUCAUCCAGGGGCCAACGCCAAGGCUUUGGGGGUGGACGGAAUACCGUGCCUGGGUAUUAUGGAUUGAGGCGACGGUUGAGGCGUAGCGAUAAGUUUGGAGUAUGGGGUGCAGAAAAGCAAAACAUCUCGUGUCUGGUGCUUUGA